GAGCACAUUUGUGUUGUUCCAUUUGUCUUCAGUGCUUGUGGCAUCCAGCACCUAGAGAGAGCUGGAAAGCACCUGACCCUGUUUGACUCCUUUUACUUCUGCAUCGUGACCUUCUCCACCGUGGGCUACGGAGAUGUGACGCCUCAGAUCUGGCCCUCACAGCUACUGGUGGUCAUCCUCAUCUGCGUGGCCCUGGUGGUGCUCCCGCUGCAGUUUGAAGAGCUUGCGUACCUGUGGAUGGAGAGCCAGAAAUUAGGCGGAAACUACAGUCGCCACCGAGCACAGACGGAGAAGCAUGUGGUGUUGUGUGUCAGCUCGCUGAAGAUAGACCUGCUGAUGGAUUUCCUCAAUGAGUUCUAUGCUCAUCCCAGGUUGCAGGAUUAUUACGUGGUGAUCCUGUGUCCCACCGAUAUAGACAUUCAGGUUCGCCGCAUUCUCCAGAUACCGCUGUGGUCCCAGAGGGUCAUCUACCUUCAAGGAUCCGCUCUCAAAGACCAGGACCUGAUGAGGGCCAAAAUGGACGAUGCCGAGGCUUGUUUCAUCCUCAGCAGCAGGAAUGAGGGUGACCGAACUGCUGCAGACCAUCAGACUAUUUUGAGGGCUUGGGCCGCAAAGGACUUUGCUCCUAACUGUCCGCUCUACGUACAGAUUCUCAAGCCAGAAAACAAAUUCCACGUUAAAUUUGCCGAUCACGUCGUAUGUGAAGAGGAAUUCAAGUACGCCAUGCUUGCACUGAACUGCGUGUGUCCGGCCAUGUCCACCUUAGUGACGCUCCUCGUUCACACCUCCAGAGGACAGUAAGUGCGCAAACACUUCUGUGACU